UUCCUCUCCUUUCCUUCGUCCGACCGCUUUGAUUCAUUUUGCUUCAUCAGCCCGAAUGUCUGCACCGUCUUGAUCAGGAGGAGAGGAGCGGAAGACGUGACACCCUCGGACGGCGGGAAAGGAUGCUCGGGAUGGACGGCUGGAACUCAGCACGUGAGGCGUGCACGCUGCUCCUCUUCUUCACCGUGCUUCGCACCUCAAGUGCAGGCCACCCCAUCGAUGUCCUGAAGGUUUUGGAGCUGUCGGAGGACAUGGAGGGCGUGUCAUUGGAGGCGGGGCUGUGCACAAGCAGGAAGGGCGGAGAAGAGACGGACCUGUCCUUUAAGAUCAACAAGAAGAUCCAACUGAGCGCCCCCACCAAGCAGCUGUUCCCUGAUUCUCCGUUCCCUGUGGACUUCUCACUGAUGACAACAGUUCGAGCCUUGAAGGACUCGCAGGUCUUUCUCCUCUCACUUUACGACCCACAGGGUACGCAGCAGCUGGGUUUGGAGAUCGGACGCUCUCCCGUGUUUCUGUACGAGGACCACGAGGGUCAGCCCACCCCGGAACUGUACCCCACUUUUAGAAGGAUCAACCUGGCUGACGGCAAGUGGCACCGAGUGGCCUACAGUGUCAAGGGUCAACGGGUCACUCUCUACCUGGAUUGCGUCAAGCUGGAGACCCUGGAGCUGCUCAGAGGUCACGACCCCCACGUCAGCACCGACGGCGUCACCGUGUUUGGAACGCGUCUGCUGGACGAGGCCGUCUUUGAGGGCGACAUCCAGCAGCUGCUGUUGGCGGAUGACCCCGAUGCGGCCGAGACCUACUGCCAGGACUUCAUCCCUGACUGCAACGCUGCGUUGCCUUACGACAGCAUACUGAUGGACGCCGACGCGGAGGAGGAGCGAGCGCCAAAGAAACACGCGGUGGAGGAGCUGGUGGAGUACGACUUCAGCGACCUCUACGAGGAUGUGCCCGUCUCCACGGUGACCGCCGGCCCCAAUGUCACUGAUUACGAGAUUUUCGAGUACGAGGACUACGACAACUCGACGGAUUACUACCAGGUGAACGAGUACGAGUACGAGGAAGAAGAAGUGGACGAGCGCUACAGGCCGGCAGAGAGGGAAGGAGGAUACGGUGUGAACACGCAGUAUGUACCAGAGAAAGGUGAAAAAGGAGAGCCGGCUUAUUUGGGAGUGGGAACACAAAUAGUGGGUCCACACGGGCCUCCGGGACCUCAGGGACCAGCGGGCCCUUCCGGAAUGACGGGGCCAGUGGGACCUCGAGGAGACCUCGGGGAACUGGGCCCCCCAGGGCUGCCCGGCCUGAACGGCGCUGACGGCAUACCAGGACCACCGGGGAACAUCAUGGUCUUACCGUUUCGGUCAGGCGGGGAUCAAAAAUUGGGUGGUAUCGUUUCGGCGCAGGAGGCUCAGGCUCAGGCCAUCCUGCAGCAGACCAAGUUGUCUAUGAAGGGUCCUCCUGGUCCGCUGGGCCUCAGAGGACGACCUGGUCCACUGGGCAGACCGGGUCCACCGGGCCUGAAGGGGAAUAGCGGGGAAAUGGGACCACCUGGUUUGCCUGGAGUGACGGGUACUCCAGGACAGAACGGACGUCUCGGGAAAAGGGGUCGAGCGGGGGCAGACGGCGGGCGUGGCGCUAUCGGAGAGACGGGCGCUAAGGGGGACAGGGGAUUCGACGGCUUGCCUGGUCUCCCCGGAAACCAAGGACAUAAAGGCGAGAGGGGGAAACCGGGCCCGGUGGGUUCUGCAGGAGAGCUUGGAGAAAAGGGUUCUGAGGGGCCACCCGGACCGAGAGGACAACCAGGCGAUGCUGGUCCAAGGGGUUUGAAUGGCCCCAGAGGUCGUCCCGGGCCCCCAGGACAGGCAGGCAUUCGGGGAGUGGAUGGGGUUCAGGGUUCAAAGGGAAACAUUGGGUCCCAGGGAGACAUCGGAGCGCCUGGGCAGCAAGGCAACCCUGGAAUUCAGGGCUUUCCUGGUCCUCAGGGGUUAGUCGGGAUGCCUGGAGACAAGGGACCACAAGGGAAGAAAGGGAUGCAGGGCUUAGCUGGAAACGACGGGCCUCCAGGCCAUCCAGGAAGGGAAGGUAGUCCAGGGGAGAAAGGUCUGCCGGGUCCCGUGGGGGUGCAGGGGCCUGUUGGAUACCCCGGACAGCGAGGAGUUAAGGGAGCAGAUGGAGUCCGGGGACUAAAGGGCAGCAAAGGUGAGAAGGGAGAGGAUGGUUUCCCCGGCGCCAAGGGGGAAAUGGGAGGUAAAGGCGACGUGGGAGACAACGGUGCCACGGGAGGGCGUGGUGAAGACGGACCCGAGGGACCCAAAGGACAAAUGGGGCCUCAAGGAGAAGCGGGCCCUGUGGGUACUCCCGGAGAGAAGGGGAAACUGGGAGUGCCUGGACUACCGGGAUAUCCUGGACGACUGGGACCGAAAGGUUCUGAUGGCUUCCCUGGGCCACUGGGAGCCCCUGGAGAGAAAGGAAAAAAAGGUCCUUUAGGACAAGCAGGGAGCGCGGGCCCGAGAGGUCCAAACGGUGCACGAGGGGGCAGAGGGGCCCGGGGACCUACGGGGAAAUCUGGUGAAAAGGGUGCUGCUGGACACGAUGGACCCCCAGGGUCGCCAGGCGACAGGGGACCACAAGGGCCGUUAGGCAGGAGUGGAGAGCCUGGACCCAAAGGCGCGACCGGUCCAGGCGGGAAAGACGGCCUUCCAGGACACCCGGGUCAGAGAGGAGAGGCGGGAUUCCAAGGGAAGACGGGACCCCCGGGACCCUCAGGAGUGGUGGGGCCUCAGGGUAAAUCAGGUGAACCCGGCCCCACAGGGGACCGAGGCCACCCGGGGGCACCAGGCGUCCCCGGCGAGCAUGGUUUGCCUGGAUCAGCUGGCAAGGAAGGUGGAAAGGGUGAUCCAGGUUCACCCGGAACAUCUGGUAAGAACGGUCCCCCAGGCCUGAAAGGCUUCAGGGGGAGCAGAGGAGCUCCUGGAGUCAUGGGGCCUCCUGGUCUGAAAGGAGGUUCAGGACCUUCUGGAGCCCCAGGUGCCAUUGGGCCAACUGGUGAGAGAGGUCCUCCUGGGCCAGCUGGUGCCAUCGGACAGCCGGGACGCUCCGGAGCCGUUGGAGGACCAGGACCCAUGGGAGAGAAGGGCGAGCCGGGGGACAAGGGUCCGAUUGGACCUUCAGGCCAGGAUGGAGAACAGGGACCAGCAGGCAUGCUUGGAGGUACAGGCCCUCCAGGACCAGCAGGAGACGACGGAGAUAAGGGCGAGCAAGGAGGAUCGGGUCAGAAAGGCAAUAAAGGAGACAAAGGGGAAUCUGGUCCCCCAGGUCCCACUGGCACUCAGGGGCCCAUUGGACAGCCGGGACUUCCUGGUGUGGAUGGAGUGGUCGGACCCCGGGGCCAGCAGGGCAUGUACGGCCCCAAAGGAGACGAAGGACUCCGCGGUUUCAAGGGUUUGAGAGGACCGAUAGGUUUACAGGGCAUGCCCGGCCUCCCGGGGGAAAAGGGCGAGAGCGGACAUGUUGGACUGAUGGGUCCACCUGGGCAGCAAGGGCCCACUGGUGCUCAAGGGCCAAUUGGGGGACAGGGGCCGACGGGUCGACCGGGCAUGGUGGGCCAGCCGGGUGUUGUUGGAGAAAAGGGGGAGGACGGUGAGGCAGGCGAUCCCGGUCCAGUCGGUCUUUCGGGAAAGAUGGGAGAGAUGGGUGACCAAGGGGAGAAGGGAGACACCGGUCUUCCAGGAGCAGCUGGUCCUCCAGGUGCCCGGGGCACCCCAGGGGAGGACGGCGCCAAGGGCAAUGCUGGCCCCAUUGGCAUCACUGGGGACAUUGGACAACAAGGAGAAACUGGACCCAAUGGUGUGGACGGUCUUCCCGGGUCUAAAGGAGACAUGGGUGAUCCUGGGAAAUCUGGACCACCAGGAGCAACGGGAGAACCCGGACCACCUGGACCUCCGGGACGAAGGGGCCACGUGGGCAAAGCAGGGAAGGAAGGAAAGGAAGGCCUGAAAGGAGCAAAGGGUGCUGCUGGAUUGGAGGGUCCCAUUGGGAAAACAGGGCCGGUCGGUCGUCAGGGGCACUCUGGAAAGCCUGGUCCGCAGGGUCUUAGAGGGAUUCCGGGUCCUGCUGGUGAGCAGGGCUUAAAUGGACCACCCGGUCAGACGGGACCACCAGGUCCAAUGGGUCCACCGGGACUAGCAGGACUAAAGGGAGACCACGGCAAAAAGGGGGACAAGGGUCAUGGCGGCCUGAUAGGUUUGAUCGGGCCACCCGGGGACAUCGGAGAGAAGGGCGACCGAGGCCUGCCAGGGAACCAAGGAGUGCUGGGUUCUAAAGGGGACGAGGGUCCUGUGGGGCCCCCAGGUCCUGCUGGUCCCCCUGGUCCAACAGGUCUAUCUGGUGUGAUUGGCAUAAAGGGUUCCAAAGGAAAUCCAGGUCCAACAGGUUCCAGAGGGGACAGUGGGCCUGCAGGUCCUCCAGGACCACCAGGCUUGCCAGCGGUCGGCAUGGCCCCGCUGUUGGAGCGAGGGCGGCGCAGGAGAACCCAUGUCUUGGACGGUGCUAUGCUGGAGGGGGGGGAGGAUGCACUGGUGGACGGUGGACAGGAGGAGUGGAUUCAGGGGGAUCAGGCGCAGCCAACCGUGUGGAUGAAUGAGGAGGAGGGGGAGAAGGAGGGAAAGGGCAUGGAGGAGGUGUUUGCCUCGCUGUCCUCCAUGAAAGUGGAGGUGGAGGGUCUGCGCACACCGCAGGGGACCUACCACAGCCCUGCACGCUCCUGCAAGGAGCUCUGGCUCCUCAAUCCAGAACUUCCGAAUGGUGAGUACUGGAUUGACCCCAACCAGGGGUGCCAUCGGGACUCCUUCAAGGUGUUUUGCAACUUCACUGCUCAGGGCGAGACGUGUUUGUACCCCGAUAAGAAGUUUCAAUCGGUGAAGCUGGCUGCCUGGAAAGGAGAGCAGCCUGGCACCUGGUACAGUACAUUUAGGAAAGGAAAGGAGUUUUCCUACUCCGGGUCAGACGGCGUUCCCGUCCACAUCGUCCAGCUGAAUUUCCUGAAGCUGCUCAGCGUGACCGCCAAGCAGACCUUCACCUACCACUGCCUCAACUCGGCCGCCUGGCUGCACACCACCACCCGCGGCCACGAGCUGGCGCUGCGCUUCCGAGGCAACGGCGGCGAGGAGCUAACACACGAGAGCGCACAUUACAUCAGUGCGCUGUACGACGGCUGUCAGACUCGCUCGGGACAGGAGAGGACGGUGCUGGAGAUUGACGCCCCUCUGUCCCACACGCUCCCCAUUACGGACGUGGCAGUGGCCGAUUUCGGGAACGGAGGCCAGAAGUUUGGCUUCCAGGUGGGGCCGGUCUGCUAUGGCGGUUAAACGCUCCCGCGUGGGGGGCCAUUGGGAGGAGGACCGGCGUCGGACAAAAGAGCAAAACUGACUCUUUUUUUAACAUGCAGGGAGAAACAAAACAAACUACUUGCCUCAUAUUUAUACGUAUUGAUUUGUUUCUGUCGUUCACACACUGAUGCACUCGUCAUCCUUCCGCUCUCUCCCGUUCAUGCAUGCACUUCCGUUGAGUCGCCACGUAAACGCCUCGGAACACUUGAAUGAGCUCAUUUCACCCACCUCAGUGCCUUCUUGUUAUUAUUAGCUAUUAGCCGUUGUUGGAAUAGUCAGUGUUGUGAUGUACCCUAUUUUCACGACUAGAGGUCACUCCAGAGUAUAAGUCGCAUCAGUCAAACAAUGCGUCACAAAGAGGAAAAGAAAACAUCUGGUAGCAGUAUUUAUGAUGGCACUAUCAUCCGAGCAAGCUUUUUUAGGCGUGUCAUGGCGCCGCUCCUAGCAACAUGAAAUUCACAAGAGAAGAAGACAAAGCCAGAGGGAUGGGGCAAUGUUUACACUAACAAGGAGACAAAUUAAAGCUACACAAGCUGAAGUAAGUCACAUUUUUUGAAGUAUAAGGAUACAAUCAAAACUUACCUGUUUAAUAAAUGUCAGAAGGCAGUGGAAGAAGACACUUUUAAUACGUGACAUGACGCCUGGAUGCAUCCCGGUGUGCAGAAACGUAUCAAACACCACGUAUUGUAACACCAAAACUUUUCUCGUGUGUAUUUAGACAGUCAGUGGCUGACACAGCAGCUACAAUCUCCGAGCUAGACAUAAUAAGUGUUAACACUGCUGUCUAAAGUAGUAUAUUUCUCAAUCCAUGCAGGAUAUAGUCAUAGUUAUAGCACAUUACUUACAGACACAUAAUGCACACAUUUAGUUGUAUUCAGUGUUAAAAAAUAUGAUACGGCUCUCAUGGAAAUACAUUUUAAAAUAUGUGGCUUCCAUGGCUUCCUUUGCCAAAAAUCCAUGUCAUUUAAUUUGUGUGCCGAACAGCCGCACAAAUUCAUCUGAGUGAAUUAUUGCAGACAGUAGGUGUCGGCAAAGAACCCCCCCAAAAAACACCACCCCACUUUAAUGCAAAGGCAGCACAUGUUCAAUUAUAUACGUAUAUAUCUUUAUAUACAGUCCUGAUCAAAAUAUGGAGAGC